AUGUCUUUAGUGCAACAGGUCCACAGCCAUGUCUUUAGUGCAACAGGUCCACAAAACAACGAAGGUCAUUUUCAACCUGAUGUGAUUUCAAAGAAUUUGCCCACUCAAGUCAACACAAGUAUCAACCCAUGUUCUUCCACCCAACAUGUAUCCUCAGUUGAAGAAAUCUCCUUUGAAAAGAUAACAACAUCUAAUGUUCAUGAGGAAUCCACCAAAGAACCAACGCGCACUGAAAAUGCUCCAAUGUACUCUGUAGAAAAGAAAGAUGCAGUGGCUACAUCUCCAUGCUCAAAAACAACUACAGAUCACGAUAGGAGCAGCAAUGAAAAUUCCAAUACCACUCAUAAUGAUACGUCCAUGAGUUCCACUUCGAAGAUCACACUCCAUGAGAAAAAGGAUGAAGAAAAGACGCCUCAAAAUAACAUGAUUGACCAACCGUUUGACCAACAUCAAGCAACGACCAAACCAGCAGUGGAACAUGUCAGUAAUAGCGAAAUGAUGAAGAACCCUCACUCCGCUCAACACCAUGACUCUACUCGAUAUUACGAAGAAAAGAAACAAGAAUCCAUGAAUUCGAAUCAAGUUAACACCAAUCCAGAAGCUCAUCAAGAAAAUCAUUCAUUCAAAGAGGGCCCGCGGAAACGUAUUUGGACAUGGCUUAUUGCCAUCUUAAUUUGUGUUCUUCCAAUGAUAUCUAUUGAUCACUACAAACUUUACGACACUCACUACAUUGAUAUUAUUAUUACAUUUGAAUACGUUCUAAUGAGCCUUGUUCUAACGAUGGUUUUUCUUUCAUUCAAAACAUCUAAAGAAAUAUAUAAAGCUAUUGCCGCUGCCACUGGGGGCGCCAUUGGAAUUUCCUUCUUCAACCAUACACAGUUUAGAAUUGACAUCUCAAGACAACAUAUUCAUUCUAUCCUUAAGAAUGAAAUCGAUCAAGUCCAGAAACUUAAACAUGACUUUUUUUUGAUAUACUUGGAUAGAAUCAAUGGAGAAAGAUCUGACUUUGAGGAUCUGUUGUCAAAACUUGCUGGUUUUAUUAACGCUUUCUUCUAUUGGCUUUGUUUAUUUGAUGAGCACGAAUCAAUCACUGAUUCCAUUACGUAUGAAAAUAUUGUAUGGAAACUCCUAAAAACAAACAAUAGAGAGCAGAGCAUACUGGAGAUUUUAUUAGAAUGUACAAAUGAAGAUGAAAGUAAGAGCCUUGUUGAAAGCAUAGUUGAAAUUUAUUUUCAUCGCGAUGAAAGAGUAUUAAGAGCUUUAACUAACAAUGUUGGAAUUGAAGCACAAAACGAAGUCGACAAGAAGGAUCAAAUAUUUAAAGAUGCGAUUUUUUUUUCGAACGAACAAGCAAACCUUACAAUUGCAUUUUGGAGAGAUUCUUCAUCCUCGCCACAAGAACAACAUCAGGCUGGUGGUGCCUCAUAUGAGAAUAAUCCACAACAAAGUGCACUCUCUCAAGAACAACCAUCAUCUCAACAACAUGCUGCUCGUCAUAAAAAGUGGGCACUAUAUAAGGAAUAUAAUGGAAAAUUUAAAGAAAUUGUCCCAAAAGAUAACAAGUGCAAAUGGAAGGUUUCGUUUUGGCUCCCUCCUCUAUUCCAGUUAAAGAAGGAACAGCUGUACUACAUUGAAGGCAUUUUAAAUGAAGAAAUGGUAAAAAAGAUUCUAAACGACCCGCAAGUAUUCAAGAGGUUCGUACAAAAAGAUCAAAUUACGAAGUGA